AUGGUCGGAACAUCAACAUCCAGCCAGGUCCUCGAGCUUGGCUUUACGUCCACACUUUCGGAGACCUUGAACCCGAUGUUGUCAACUCUCAUCCUCGGGGCGCUCGCCCUUCUCGCGCAACCAACUCAUGCAAUUUCAUGGGGCUUGUUCACCCCCUCCGGGAACCCCUGGAUCCAGAUGGUGUUCACUCAGCAUGUACCACAAGGUCCUCCCUCUGACGUCAACUCCGGACCUUGGUUCUUCUGGUGCGGUCUCCAACCAAAUGGCGGUGGAGUCCUGCAGCCUCCUGGGAACCAAGGUCAACCGGAUGGGCUCCCGGCCAUCCAAUCUGAGGGUUUCUGGGUAGAUGAAGGUGCCCAGAUCGUAGGUACUGUCACCUGGGAGAACGGCCAGUGGGGGCAGACGGCACAGGUUAUCUCCGGCCAGGCCGCGGGGCAGUCGAUAUCCUUGACCUCGCAAACGAAUUACUUCCAGGGCGAGACUCCAGGAUUUGACAACACCAACUUCGCGGUUUGCGAUGCUGAGCUGGACGGCUCCCAGACCGGCGAAUGGAACUUCCCUGUCGUCUUCACCGACCUUUUCAUCCGUGCCGCUACGUCUGACGGGAUCGAGGCACUCUGUGCCGAUACGGCAAACCCGGUGCACUCCGCUGGAGCGGGUUCGAUCCAGUUCGAGGGGUUCAGCAUGCUUGACGCAGAGACAUGCCACUGGUCAACUGUGACACUUCUUCCCCCUUAG